GCUUGUUUCCCGAAUGGACCGAGUUUCUUGACAAUCCUGCAUGCCAUCGUGCCAUUCGACGACCAGUGCAACUUCGGAAACCUCGUGGCGCUGGUGGUGUGCGGGCGCAAGCAUGACUAAUCGGCUAAACUACUACGCCAGGUCGAGAAUCUACGACUGCGGUCAGCAUCGAAGUCGAGAUUCGCCAAUGUCCGGAUUUCUUUUCCCAAACGGAUGACUAACGGUUUCUGUUGGCGAUGGACAUCUUCAUCACUCGAACCGUUCUAAUACUUUGCCCUUUGUUCAAAUCUUGAUCUGGUUUCCAUCAAGUUCCAGAUGGUGUACAGCGGCCCUCCAAGUAAAGCUUGUCUUUCCUGCAGGAAUAGAAGGAUUAAGUGUGAUCUAGCGAUCCCCGAAUGCAAGCAGUGUUCGAGGGCAGGUAGGGUAUGCGAAGGCUACCGAAACCAGCUAGAUCUGCUAUUUCGCGACCAGACCCAGAUGAUCGCUGGGAAGGCGCAGGGUCUCAAGCAAAGGACGACCCAAACUCUCCACACUCAAUCAGGUUGUGUAGGCACCUGCAACAGGCAACGAGUAUCUACAACUUCUAGUCGUACAAGGCCUUCUGCAACGUGCCAGCCACAGUGUCCCUUGGCAUGGUGUCCAUCGACAUCGCAAGACGAUUAUGCUGCGUGCUUCUUUUUCAGCAACUAUAGCCGCCAAUCAUCCGAGCAGCCGCAACGGCUUUAUGAGCACCUACCUAUGCUGUACACUGAUCGAGAAGCGAGCCACUUACCGAAUUGUAUCAUUACAGCCAUUGGGCUGGCUGGACUGGCGCACCGCAAGAAGAACCCUGACAUGCUCGUAACCGCAGAAACGUGCUAUGAUUCAGCACUUCGUCAGACCAACCAUGCUCUUCAGGAUCCCCAGACUGCUUGCUCCGAUCAAGUAUUGGUAAGUGUUUUACUACUUGGUGUGUAUGAGACAAACAACCGCGGGGAAUGCCGGUCGACGACAAAUUGGUUGAAACACGUUCAAGGAGCAAGUACAUUAUUAGGGCUUCGUGGGAAGCAGCAGCUCUCUACCGAGCUCGGUCGUCGACUAUUCGAAGACGUGCGCAUCCAGAUUUUGUCACUAUGUUCUCUGACAAGAACACCCAUCCCCCAGGCUGUCCUUGAUCUGUCGAAUGAGUGUUGGUCACAUGUCAGGGACCCGGCCGAUGAGCUGGUCCUUAUCAGUACCGACUUUUGGAAACUCCGUUCGGAAAGGCCGUUCCACCCACGCUCCUCGGACUCGGAGACGGUGGAUCGAGAGAUCGUGUUUCGUUGUACACCAUUAUUAGCAGAGCUCAUUGCCUGGAGACUUCACCUGGAUCCUGGAUCUUCGCCACGUCGUGUCAGUAUCAUCGUCCCUCGAUCAGACGUGCUCAGAGGAUACUACGAUGUCUAUGAAGAUGCAUGGACUGCCGCACUACUCAAUCAGUACCACAGACUCUCCUUGCUCGUGCAAGAACUGGCGGUCACUAGGCUCCUCAACCUCCAGCGCAAACACUUGCUCUCGCUGAACGAAACUUUGCAGAUAGCGGACCUCCGCAUUGACAUGAUUGCGCACAUCGAAGCCAUCUGUGCAAGCGUGCCGUAUGUACUCGAGACUGGCCGCAUCGAAGGUGGAAGAAGCCUUCUCUGGCCUCUGUACAUCUGUGGGCAGCUUAACCCGAAGACAUUGCCGAUGGAAAGCGGCACACGCGACUGGAUCGUGGGCAGAUUGAGCGCGAUCGGAUCGGGCAUGGGAGUGAGGCAAGCGCUGUUUUUGAAAGAUGUGCUUGUGAGUCAGCAGGAAGUUACGGAGGUGUUGACUCAGGAGCAGGAUUAGACUGCGCGUUAGACUUGUGUGAUUGGGCACACGAAUUAUAUUCCUCAUUCGGGCUUUGGAGGACGAGAAUGCAACUACAGUAGUCUUGUGGAUGAUGAGAUGGAGUGCCUCGCCCCCAUAGAAAGCACAAGCACUUGUUCUGACCAACCUUGGGAUCUGGAGACGACCUAGGUAGGGUUCCUUUUUCCAAGGGAAGAAUCAGGCCCCCAUGGAGCCGCCCACAGCCAUCGCUACUGCCAAGCAAGGCUACUAACUUA